AGAAGGAGAAAAAAAAAAUAUCGACCAUCUUGCUAGUGGCCAGGAUAUCUCACUGGACCAGCUUCCAACCAUCAUGAACCUACGAUAACGAGCAACGACGCCUUUCUUCUUAUUACUAUUUCCUAAGCUGUUCAUACGUAUACUCGACAUCACCGCUCCAUACGCUCGCUUUGAUCAUCUGGCCCCCCGACACUCGCUUUUGUCUGCCCACGACGCCCACCCAUGUCGUCCUCCGAGAUGGCAGCCGCCGCUUUCGAACACGCGCCUUUACCACCGCACCUAUCCGCAGCCCCCGGUAUGCAUCCAGUGGCCAUGUCGAGGCCCCAGGUCAGCAUCGAGAGGCUGCCCACCCGCCGGAUGAGCAACGAGCCACGGGAGUCGAUGAACUGUAAAUCCUGCCGAAAGCGCAAGAUCAAGUGCAAUCGUCUUCGCCCCUCAUGCGAGGCCUGCCAAGUUUUUCAAUGCCCAUGUAUAUACGACGCCGUACCGAAGAAGAGAGGUCCGAAGACGGACGUGUUGGAGGCAUUGCUGAAGAGGGUCGAUGGGCUCGAGCAGCGGCUCAAGGAUCAAAAAUCGACGGAUCCGGGAGCGGCAGCUGCAGUGGCGGCCGAGCUUGCGGCACUGGGAUCGGCUGCGAGCGAGGUCUCGCAGAGGGCUUCGUUACCUACGGCGGCCACUUCAGCUGGCGACAAAUCCAAGUCUGAUGCGACGACCUCGAGCCGUACCGUCGACGUCCCGGAGCCAGUCAUUUACUCACCCUCAGCUUCAAGCGAACCAUCUCCCACUGGGCCCGUCCCCGUCGACGCCCUGCUAGACACCUACUUUAGCCGCUUUCACGGAAAGCCGUACCACAUCCUUGGCGAAUCCUCCAUCCGGCAAAGGUUGCUAGUCAACCAAGUACCAUCAUUUCUAGCCCACGCCAUUUAUGCUGUUGCUGCGAGGUACACGCCACAUCCUAGCGGAUUCCAGUCAGCCGUUCAGCUGAGCGAGGAGUACGCGCUGAGGGCCCGGAACGAGAUCGACACGGACGAGCCAUCCAUCGACGCGCUGCAGGCGCUGCUCCUGACGGCCACGGCCUUCACCGCCAUGGGAAGGGGAAGGAAGGCAUACAUGCUUCUGACCAGCGGCAUCGGCAUGGCCAUGGCGCUCGAGCUUCACCGUGAGGUGGAUCCGAAUGCGCCCAUGCCGCCUGCCGAGCGCGAGAUGAGGAGGCGUCUGUUCUGGAGCUGCUUUCUGAUGGAUCGGUUUAUGGCGUGCGGGUCGAAACGGCCGUCUCUGAUAUCGAACCGGGUCAUCUCGACGCGGCUCCCCAGCUGGUCUCCCGGCCCGCACUCGCUCCCGGUCGAGGGCGAGUUCUUCGUCAGCGGGUCGAACCUGCACUACUUCCAGGGGAGCGGAAAGAGGUCACAGGGCAGCAGCGGGAUGCUGAUCGACAUCAGCCGGAUACUGGGUAUCACAAACAGAUACCUGGCCGCGGGGGGCGUCAAGGGCGACUCGCACUUCCCGUGGCACUCGCUCUCGAACCUGUCCAAGAUCCGGCAGGACCUGGACAUAUGGGCGUCGGGCACCGAGGACGUCUUCUCGAGCGUCGGCAAGCUCUUUGGGCAGCCCGACUCGACGGUGCUGGUGCUGAGCAAGCUGAUCUACCACCUGAUACACUGCCUCAUCUACAGGCCCUUCCUGCCCAUCGACCUGGUCGAGCUCGCUGGGAGCGGACAGCACCAGUCGUGGCAGAUCGAGGCGACCAACAUGUGCUUCCUGCACGCCAACGCCAUCGCCGAGCUGGCGGAGCUGGGCAAGUCCACCAUCGAGUGGCCGGCCUUUGUGGGCUACUGCAUCUGCACGGCUGGCACGGUCCACGUGCAUGGUGCCUUCUACAGCAAGAACAGCUUCGGCGGUGACGGCAGCGGCGGCGGAGUAUUCUCGUCAUCGGCCGACUUUCUGUCGCGCGAGAUGCAGCAGCUGAGCGAGCUGCGGUACGCGUGGGCUAGCGUGCAGCACCAGCGCGAGACGCUGCAGGGCAUCUACGGCGCGCACGCCGAGCUCGUCAAGAGCCACGCCCGGAACCCGAUGCGGUACGCGCCCGUCUUCCAGCUCGAGGACUUCUUCGACCGCUACUCCAAUAUUGGCGGGCCCGGUGGCCAGUCGUUCCACUUCGACUCGGCCAACAUCAGCCUCUCGGACGUCGUCGUCGACUACAACCCGGACGUCUAUACGGGCCACGACCUGUACGCCCCGCGGGCCUCAACUAGCAGCAGCGCCACGGGCGGGCUGGACCACUCGCCCGCGACCGCGUCCGCCAUCGUCCCUCCCACGAUCCCGUCGGACCGCCCGAGCCUCAAGCGGAAGAAGAUGGCCCCGACGGGAAUCAAGGCGCCGCCCCCGCCCCCGCCGCACCAGCAGCAGCAGCAGACAAUGCAUUCGGACCCGGGCAUGCCUACCAAGGGCGGGCUCCAGCCCUUGAACACCGCCGCCGGCAUGGUCCUGCCGCACACGCCGCACAGCCUCCCGACGCCGUCGCACAGCCGCCACUCGUUCACGUUCCAGCCGCCCCAAGGGUCUCCCGUCAUGCUGCAGUCCCCGGCCGGCGGCCCGCAGAUGCACCAGGUCCCGGAGCAGAUGGGAGCUGGAGGCGGCGUGGUCGACGACGGGCGAGGGGGCGGGUUCGGAAUGCACGGCCAGCAACAGCACCACAUGCAGCACCAGGCACUGCAGCAGCAGUAUGGACACCACUCCCCCUACGGCUACGGCGGAGCAGGGACAGGCCCGGAGUCGAUCCGGCACGGAACCAGCAGCAGCUCCAUGGGACCGGGGACUCCGGGCGGCGGCGGCGGCGGCGGCGGCAGCUACGACCCCAUGUUCGGCACCCUGCCCACCAACGCCUUUAGCAGCCCCGCGCCCGGGCCGUGGCAGCAGCAGCACCCUGGCGCCGGGGGUGGCGCGGCCGGCGGCAGCGAGGACGGCAAGCAGCACGGCGGCGGCGGGCAGGUGCUAGCGCACAGCCCCGGGGGCCGGAGCAACAACGGCAGCACGGGCACGGGCGCGGCCGGGGAGGAGAAGGACCCCUUCCUGAGCCUGCUGGAGCAGCUGGCCGAGAACGAGCAGGCCAUGGGCCCCGGGAGCGAGCUCGACAUGUUCCUCGGCACGACUGCGCAGCGGUAAACUCGCGGUCACAAGCCAUCCAUCCAUCCAUCCAUCCAUCCAUCCAUCCAUCCAUCAUUUCAUCUCUUUGUUUGU